AUGAAGAAAACAAGAAGGGAUCUAGUAAACUCGUCAUCAGAAAUGCCUUCUCCUGUGGCCAGAAGAUCUCCAGUAACAAAAUUAAAAAACCAAAGAAAUCUUACUCCAGUUCAUCUCAAACCAGAAACCCCAAAAGAAAAAUUUGAUUUUUGGAUACCUGACCAAAUUCUUAAUAUAGAAAAUUUACUAGUUUCAAAACAAAGAACCCUUGAUUUAUUAAAUUCAAAAACAGAGGAUCUUGAUAAAGAUCUUGAAUUACAAAUUCAAGCAAGAGAUAAGCAUAUCAAUGAGCUAAAUAAAACUAUUUUAGCUCUCAAGACAAGCUUAAAAGUAAGUGAUGAAAAAAGAAAGCAAGCUAAAGAACACGCAAUUGAAGCCGAAAGGCUUGAAGAAGAAUUGCAGGCUGAAAAAAUCCUGAAACUUAAUGAGGAGAAAAAAUACUUUGACUUGAAACUAGAAUUUGAUAAAAGUAAAGAAGAAUGAAAAGACGAAAAAGAAUCCCUUCAGCUUCUACAAGAAGCAGUCACAGAAGAGCUCGAAGCUUCUAGAGCUCAAGUAGCAAGCAAACAAAACGAAGUAAACGCAAUUAAAUCUGAUAUUAUCCAAAUAUCAAAAAUCAUUGACCAAAUGACUACACUUAACAAAGAUUUGCAUGAUAAAAUCGAUAAAAUACACGCAGAUAUGGAAGAAACCACUAAAAGAUAUUAUGAAGCUAAAGUAAAAGCAGACAAUGUAGAAGAUUUUGAAAAUACAAUAGCACAGUAUAUGUCAGAGCAAACGAGGCUGCAGAAAAGCAAUGCUAAGCUGCUAACCCAGCAAGAAGAUAUGAAAAAUUAUUUAAAAGUUGUAGAAGAUGUUAAAGAAAAAAUCAAAGAAGCAGAGGAAGGCAUCGGCGCACAAGUAAAAAGAUUGGAUGUCGAAAAACCAGAAGAUGAUGAAUUGCUGAUUUUUUUAAGAAAUAUUGAAAAAGAACUAAAUGAGACGAAAUCAAUGCUUAUUAAGCAUACCCCGAAAAGCUUCAGCGUAAAUGACACUGAAGAAUCUGUUAGGGAAAGAGUAGUUCAUCUUGAAGAGCAGCUUAAAAUAAUGAACGAUAAUAUGAAAACUGCUUUAACUUCACAAAAUCCUCUUUUAAAUCAAAUAGAAGGGCUAGAAAACACUAUGAAAAAGAUGAGAGCGGAAUAUGAAGACAAUGCUAACAAAAUAAGAAAGCACGCUGAUAUCAUGAAAGAACAAAAUGAUGCUUUUAGAGACAAAUUAGAUGUAGCAAGGCAGGAAAAUGAAAAAAAAGAAGCUGAGCUGCAAAAAACAUUGACAAAACUGGCUAAUAUAAAUAAUAGAGUGGAUACUUUAAUUAAAAGAGGAAAGGAACAGAUUGCAAAAGAAGAAGAGUUAAGAAGAGAAACUUCACUGUGGAAAGCAAAGUAUUCAAGCGUUGUUAUGGAAAAGAAAAGUAAUGGAGUCAAUAAUCAGAGAGAAAAUAAAAUUAAAAAGGCUUUGUUUCAGCUGCAAACUCUCAGAGAAGAAAUAUAUACUUUGUAGAGCAUUUUUAAUUCAAUAAUUUAUACAUUAAAGAUAUAAUUUUAUUCAGUAUAAGCAGAUAACUGGCAAAGAUCCAACAAAUUUAUUAAAAUAAGUAUAUAAAAAAGACACAGAAGUAAUCGCUAAACAUAAAGAAAUUGCCAAACUGGAAUCUGAACUUCAAACUAAAAAUGACAGUCUUCAAAAGGCAUAUUCCAAAAUGAAAACCAUUGAAGGUGACAUCUUAAGCAAAGUCAGCAAAGAUCUCGACGAAAAAGACCGCCAAAUAAUUUUGCUAAAAGAAAUGCUUCGAGGUGCUAACACCGAGGCUAGAUCUAAGAAAAAAUCUGAAUCUUACACAAUCCACAAUACAGAGCCUAGCAAGCGUCAGCUGUAA